AAUCCUGAAAAUAUUUCGUAUGAAAUGUAAAUUUUUCAUACAGGCCAAGGCUGGAGCUCCUAAGGUGCAAUUGUUGGUAUAUAGCGGGGUUAAUCUUGUUAAGUUUUUUUGGUGGUUUAGUUUCACAGAUCAGGGGUGAAAUCCCUCAGAAAUAGAACAGCUAUAGUUUUCGAAACGGAAAACUUUUCCGCAUAUGAAUAGGGGCGCACCAGAUGUGAAACACGAUAUUUCGUGAUUAAGACUGUUGCAUUUAUUUAUAUGGUGCAGAUUUAAGAAAAUUGUAGCAGGAAAAAUGAGUAGGUUGGGUAGGGUUUUAGGAAUGCUGUCAAAGGCGCCGCCGGAAUUCAGGUCUACGUAUUCACAGAAUGGCCCGAUGCAGUUGACUGUGUUAACCGAGUUAUACAGUCAAAUAAAUUCAAGUAUGAUUAGCUCCUGUAAACAACGAUGGGAUUCUGAGUCGCUGUAUUGUGGUCGUAGGAGAAUAUCAGUUUGCGUGCCACUCAACAUGGGGAGGCGUGCUUGUAAGAUUGCUGACAGAAAGGGGGCACAAAAUUUGAAGAAGUCAAAGCGAUAUGGAAAGAUUAGCAAGGAAGUGAUAUCAGCAAAUGAUUUAAUAAUGAAAGGUGCUGGAACUAAGUUGCACUCUAAUUAUAGUGUUAAAAGAGGUGGAGCAAAUCCAACAUCAAAUUCAUUAUUGGCAGCAGUAAUUCAGAAAGCGAAAGAGCUUGAUGUACCAAAAGAUAUUGUUGAACGCAAUAUUAAGAAAGCAUUGGAUAAAGGGCAGGAAGCUUUUAUUGAGAAGUUUUAUGAGGUGCAUGGUUUUGGCGGAGUUGGUAUGAUAGCUGAAGUUCUAACAGACAAUUUAAAUCGAUCUUCAGCCUUUGUAAAGGAUAUAGUAAAAAAGAAUGGAGGAAAGAUGGCAGAUCCAGGAUCUGUGUUAUUCAAGUUCAGACGAGCUAGAGUUAUCAAUGUGAAAGUUGAUCAGGUUGAUAAAGACAAACUCCUGGGUGUAGCGUUGGAUGCUGGUGCAGAUGACAUCAUCGAACCUCCAGUGUAUGAAGAUGAUACAGAAAAUGAGCAAUCUGCAAGGUAUUUCAAGGUGAUUACUACAACAGAAAAUUAUAAUGAAACAAUGUCAAAGUUUCGUGAAGAAGGCAUUCCUUUUGAACCAGAUAAUGGGUUUGAGCUAUUACCUUUGUCAACCAUUGAGCCAGAUGAUGAAGCUAUGGAGUUGAAUAGAGACCUUAUAGAAAAGUUACUUGAACUUGAUGAUGUAGAUGCUGUUUACACAGAUCAAAAGUGAAGUUAAAGGCUUACCUGAAUUCCCCAUAGACAUACAUAGAAUAUACUUUGCUUCUUCUUUAAUAGUAGUAUUUAUUUAUCGAUGUUAAUGAAGUUUAUAGUGAAAUUAAGUGAUUGGAGGUCAUAUAACACCAUUGAUCAAUGGAGUUAAUCUUGGAAUUUUUACAAAUUUUGUAGUUUAAGAGAUCAAAGGUGAGUUAAAGGCUUAACUAAAUUAAGCACGGGCAUAAAAUCCUUCCUCUUUAAGAGUAGUAUUCACUGAUUUUAAUGAAGUCUAUAGUGAAAUAAGUGAUUGUAGGUCAUCUAAAACUAUUGAUAAAUGGAGUUGAAGUCUUAGAAUUUCUUACAAAUUUAGUAGUUCAAGAUGCCACGGAUUAGCAAUCCUUCCAAUAUGUUAUGGAUGGACAUUAUGAUUAAUAUUAAAAAAAAAGGAAGACUAAUUUAGUAGUUCAA